UCGAGCUGAUUUAUGUAUUUCGUCGGUAGUCAGUCAGUAACAAUACUGCGUCAGAAAUUCUUUUCCGUUACCGGCAAGAUAAAUACACUGUAGCCGGCUGCGAUAUGGUGUUAGUGAGGGCCACAUGGAAUAAAAUGCAGACACGCAUUGGUUGUGUUUUAUACAACCUUGCUUCCUAUUGGUUGAACCUCGUGGGUCUUAUCGGAUUACUUGACUAUGACUACGUGGCGUUGCCAUACUGCGAUGUUGGGUCUACCAAAGUUUCAGUUUUCUGUGUUACGUUGAAUUGAAUUGAAGAGAAAAAGUAAUAGUAUGCGUUUUCAUUUUCUUACCUAUUAGCUAGAAACGAUUAUUUUUAUAAUUAUUAUACUUAAAAAGUCAAUUUAUAAUCAUAAUAGUGGGGAUAGAAUAUGUAUUUGGCAACAUUGGGAUUACGUCAUCUGAUGCAACUUUGUUUACUUAUGUUGUUCAUAUAUUUUGCAGAUUUAGUAUUAUUUCUUUAUGUUGUUUGAUUAAGUUUUGUUUUUUUUCAAUAAUUUUAUGUAAUCUGGAAAAAAAUCUUUAUAUUUGAAGUUUGAAGAUCUAUAAUUUUUUCUUAAGGAUUCAUGAAUUUAGAAGAUGGCGCCACAUAUACAACGGGACUACCACAGCAUUGGAGAUCCAAGUAGAUACUCGUUGAGGACAUUCAGGCAUGGUGAAAAACAUUGUCUACAAUCUCACAAUUUUGACGUAUCGAAAGUAAAUGGGAAAGAAGAUUUUUUUCGUUGUAUGGGUCUUCAAAUGAAAAGAUAUCAGUACAAAUACAAAAUGCCAAAUAGUGAUCAUAAGGUUAAAAAAAUUAAUAUUCCCACUGGUGUAACAUUACGUGAUUGCCGUGUUAUUAUCCUGGGGGCGACAUGUGAACUAUGCGGGAAGUGUUUUAAAUGUAAAACAGAUUUGAAUAUACAUAAUUCAUUAAAACAUCAAACACAUGAAAAAAUUCAUAUAGCUAUAAAAGGGACACAAUGUAGUGAAAACGAUAUUGAUGUGUGGGAAGAAAUUCCAAAAUCUUUAAAUUAUACAACAAUUGAAUCUAGUAAAAAUUUUAUAACAAAACUACAUAAAAAAUUACAUUUAACUUUAAAAAUAGGAAAGGAAGUUAUCUCUAAGAUAUCGGUAAAGCGGAAACAUUUAAAAAGAAAGAAAAUUAACAUACAUACACAAACUGAGCUACAUUGUGAAAGUGAAUUAAUUACAGGUGAGAAUGAGUAUGAAAGUGUCGUUUCUCGUAUCGAUCCUUCUGUGUUCUGUAAUAGUCCUUGUCUACGUUGCAACUCCUGUAUACACGUGGUAGAAAGUUCGAAUCGAUAUGCGGCUGGUAACAUUGUAGCAGAUAAGCAAGUAGUUUACGGAAACAGUGCAAUGCAAGAAGAAAAUCAUAUUUCGAAUAGACUAUCAUGUGCAACCUGCGCAAACGAAAAAUGUAGCAUUGUUCAUGAAUGCAUUUCUUCGUCACAUGUGAAAUGUGCUCAUAAUAAAACGAAAGAUGAGCUACAAAGUGAUAAUUUAUCAGAAAGUACAAAUAUUUCGUCAAAACCAAUUAGACAAACUUGUCUACAAAAUAAAAACGAAAAUAAGAAAGAAAUAGAUAUUAACGCAAAUCAGAUACAAAAAGAUUUUAUUAUAAAUGAGAUAGAAAAAUACGCCUCUGAAAACUUACAGGAUAUUUCUAAUAAAAUACAAGUAAUAGUGCCAUUAAUUAUGCCAAUAAUCGUGCCAAAUACAAAUGUUUCAAGUUCACCUAUUAAAUUAACAAUACAAUCAAUGCCAGUAGAACAAAAAGAACAACAGCAAUCAUUGCAACCAGAAGAAGGACAACAACACUAUCUUCAAGAACAAUCGCAAGAAAAACAAAAACAAUCGCAACAAUAUUCACAACAUCUACAACAAGACCAACAAAUGAAACAAAAACAAGAACAAUUGCAAAAACAAUCGCAACAAUGCUCACAACAACAACAACAACAACAACAAAAUCAGCAAAUAAAGCAAGAAUCACAGCAACAUUUGCAACAAAAUCAGCAAAUGAAGCAAGAACAACAACAUCUACAAGACCAACAAAUGAAACAAGAACAACAACAUUUGCAACAAGAUCAGCAAAUAAAACAAGAACAACAACACUUUCAAAAACAAUUGCAAGAACAACAAAAUCAGCAUCAAUUACUACAAGAAGAGCAAAUGAAACAAGAACAACAGCAACAUCUGCAACAAAACCAACAAAUGAAACAAGAACAACAGCAACAUCUGCAACAAAACCAACAAAUGAAACAAGAACAACAACAACAUCUGCAACAAAACCAACAAAUGAAACAAGAACAACAGCAACAUCUCCAGGAACAAUUGCAAGAACAACAGCAAUAUCUCCAGGAACAGUUGCAAGAACAACAAAGUCAGCAUAAACUACUACAAGAACAACAAAUGAAACAAGAUCAGCAGCAAUAUCUACAGGAACAACAACACCAACUUAAGAAAAUUUCUAUUCUUACCAUGAAAGACGAUGUUAAUAACGAAAUAGAAGAAGUAUUACGAAUUGUUAGAGGACGUAUCACUAAUACAGAGAUCAAUCAUGAAUCGCCAACUCGAUUCGAACAAGAGAUGUUAGUACAAGACGCCAUUAGAGAUAUGAAGAGAAUGGAAGAGCAAGGCUGGCACUUGCUGGAAAAGAAAAUAAGCGGAUCUAUAAUGAAAAAGAAACGCAAUAUAAAAUCUAAUAUCAAAUGUAGCAAUGCAAACGAUGAAUAUGCCAAAAGGAAGAAAAAUAUCGUAAGUGAAUCAAAUUCAGAAUAUAAAAAUUUAAACAAAGAAAAAUAUAUUUCAAAUGUAAAGGAACAUACGAAAAUACAAAGUAAUAAUAAUGUGUCAUUGUGUGCGUCGGAUAAUACAAAAGAAAAUUUAAUGAUAUGUAAUGAAAAUAUCAAUACAACAUCUGAAAUAUUACGACAAUAUAAUAUUAAUUAUUGCAAUGAUAUAUUCGAGAUAAAAAACAAUAUGGAAAAUAUUCGAGAAUCUAUUAGCCGAUUUCUUGCCCCAUGUUCCGGUGGAAUGGAAAAUAGAAGUAAUGUACCGGUCGUAAUAGAUCUAGUCAACGGUACCGAUGAAUAGUAAUGGAAACGGAAAUGAUGCGUCCGGUGUAUAAUGAUAGAGCUUUAUAAAAAUGAUAUUGAAAAAUAAUGAUGAAUUCGUUUAUGAAACGAAAAUGUUAAAAUAUAUUUGUUAUGAAUAAUUUUCUAAUUUUUAAUGUUGAUUUUGAAAUUAAAUUUUUAUUGUUAUACUUUUUUCCUGAUGUGUCUGAUUGAAUGGAAAUUGGUUAAAUGAUUAAAUAUAAUUAGAGAUAUUAGGGAAUAAUUUUUACCGUAUAAUAACAUUGAAAAAUUCUAAAAAAUUUUUGAUGACGAAAUUAUUAAAUGGAAAUUUGUAUAAUAAUAUACAAAUAUAAAUAUUGUAUAUUUUUUGUACAAAUCAUUUCCAAUAUGAAUUUACAAAGAACAAUAUAUCUUCAGUAUUAUUUCAUCAUAAAAUAUGAAAUAUAUGAGAUCUCGUUAUUUAUGAAUAAUAAUACUAAUA